CGUUGUUACAUUAUCCUUCAAAACAUCCGGUUUCCUCCCAGUUUCCAGAUUUCUGUAAAAAAAAUCAGAAAAUGGAGAAAAAUGGGGAAAAGGUCGCAAACCCAGCAGCAAAAGGAAGAGAAACUUCUGAGUUUUUGAUGGCAAUUGUCAGAACUUUAUCAACAAGUGCUGACUUCCAACAAAGAGAAAAGGAAAAGGCAAGGAUAGAGAAGACUUUUACAGAAAGUGACAAAAAACUUGGAGAACUUGUUUCAGAAAACUAUCAGGACCUCACCCAGAUUACACAAGACUUCAGCACCAUCAGUAAAUCAGUCAACGAGGCUAGAGAGAAGAUAAAGAAGAUCAAGGAUGACCUCAGCAGCUGUAAGACUCUGUUACACUGUAAGAGGGAUGAACUCCGUCGACUCUGGAUAGAAGGAGUGGAACAGAAAACGAUGGUUGCCAUGUUAGAUCAGAUAGAACAAAUCAAAGAGGUUCCAACAAAACUAGAUAACCUUCUUCUGAAGAAGCACUAUCUCCAUGGAACUGAAUUAGUGGUCAACGCUGUUGCAAAAUUAGAGAAUCAACUGGUUGGUGUGGAAGCUUUAAGAGAUUUGAAAGCAGAACUUAUCACAAGAAAAGAGCAAUUACAUGAGGUAUUGAUUGAGGAACUCAAUAGACAGAUUUACAUAAAGUCUCAGACACCCAACUUCUCCUCCCUCCCAGGGAAAAAAGGGGGCAGUGUAGCAAAACAAGAUACCUUAAAAAGAAAAGAAAGGAAUGGUGUGCCACCUCCAGAGAAGAUUGAGUUUGGCAAGGAAGUCAAAGAAGAUUUGAACUCAGACCCUGAGGAUGAUCCUACCCACUUCAUUGCCAUUUUAGUGGAGUCCCUUUACAUGCUGAGAAAAAUUCCAGAGGCAGCUGAGGGAUUAAAAGUCAGAAUUCAACCAGAGCUCUCAGCUAUUGUAGCCAGAACCUCACAGCUUCUAUUGGAAAGUACCUCCAAUCAAGUGGAUGCCUCCAACCAAUCCCAGUGUCUGCUGGACCUGUUAGAAAAUAUCUUCCAUCAGUUCCGCUUCGUCGCCCACAUGCACAAGAUGGUUCUAAGAAAUCUAGACAGGAUCAUUACGGCAGGAGGCCAAAAGGAGGUUUCUGGUGUGCCAGUUCGUCAGGAAUGUUUGUAUGAUAUGACAGAUGUGUGGUCCAAAAUACAAGCCGUAGUGGAGUUACUGUUACGUGAGUAUCUAGAUGUGGAGAAUACGUCGGCCUCCAGACAGAGGGCCCCCACCAGCUUUGAUGAGCCCAGCACAGACAUCAACUCCUUCUUUGCAAAAAAGCGACCAGCAAAACCUAAAAAAAUGGCUUUGUUCCGAUUUGAUGCUUCGAUCCAUGCCAUCAGUACAAACAGCUAUGUGGAUGACAGUAGGGCCUUUGAUACAGGAGACUUGUUCAGUAGCUCCCUGUUAGCUGAGAUGGGUCUGGAGAAAAAUCAGAUGGUCUGUAAACCCAGUGUAUACAAUAUCACAGCAAUCUUCAGGCCCCUGGAGUCAUUCAUAAGAGAGAUAGAAGAUGCCAUUGCUUGUCAGGACGGGACCUCCAGUCUGCAGGCCUUUGUGACAGACUUUGUACAGAACAUAUUCCUGGGGCAUGUCCAUUACACUGUGUCUACAAGCAUAACCUCGGCCACAAAAGAUUUAAUCCGCUACUACAAAAACCCUCAGAUCGAUGAGGAGGAUGAGAGCUUUGAUGCUUUGCGGCAUGUUGUGGAUCAUAAAACCCAAAAGGAACUCGGCGUAAACAGACCUUUACUAACGAGUACAGUUACCGUUGACAAGAAUUUACAAGAACUGAGGGAGCUGAUGCAGGAUUUACCUGACUACGCGGACCAGUUCCUCAACAUGAUCUGUAACACACUGAAGGAGUACAGGGACACCUGCCACUCGGCUUACAGGGAAAUUGUUCAGUAUGAUUCUGAUGAGAGAAGAGUGAUAAGUGCCAUGUGGGCCAAAGAUGAAGACAUCAGUCGCUUUCUCAGUUUCAGUUAUGAAGUCAGAUCCCUGCCCAGCUGGCGGUCCCUCCAGUCGUCCCGGGGUCAGGAACUGGCCAGUGAGGACGUGUGUUCCGAGGAGGAAAUCAAGGCCCUCAACUCCAAGGAGGCCCAGAUACUGAUCAGUAAUCUCACUUCAUCCGACGGCCUGAUCCAACAGGAAAUCAUCACGGACGUCACGCAAAUGAGGACCAUCGCCAAUGUUCAUGAAAGCUUGGAAUGGUUCUUCAAUAGGAUGAAGGACUUCUCCAAUGGUUUGUCAGCGAGAUCUACUGCCACUGCAGCUGAAACAGCAGCAUCUGAAUAUCCACCUGUAUCUGAAAAGACAUUAGGCUCCUUGAAGAAUCUAGUAAAGGAUUUCCAGGACUUAGCAGAAAUAUGUCUUCUGCUUCUUCAUCUGGAGGUCAGAGUUCACUGUUUUUACUUCCUGCUGCCAGUCGCCAAGCAGUCAAACUAUGCAGGCCCAAUAGAUGACCUUGAUCCAGAUUCCAAUGUGCUGAAACUGAACAAAGAUUUAACCAGUAUGGAAGAGGUGUUGCAACAGAGUCUACAACCUAAAAAAUUUAAAUACAUAUUUGAAAGUCUUGGAUUUUUAGUGGCAUCCAUAUUGAUGAACAGCAUUCAGUAUAUGAAGAAAAUCAAUGAAAAUGGCAUCAAAAAGAUGUGUAGGAAUCUCUUUGCCAUACAGCAGAACCUGACCAAUAUAACAAUGUCCAGGGAGUCAGACCUAGAUCACGCCAGGCAGUACUACGAGCUCUUGUACAUCAACCCAGAUGAUGUGAUAACAAUGAUUGCAGAGAAAGGAUGUCAAUACACAUUCCAGGAAUACACCGAGUUAGUUAAGCUGCAUCACCGGAGUCACCCCGCCCUGUCUCCCAGUCAGCUCGAGCAACGCAUGCAGAAACUCAAGGAGGUGAUCUUCAAAACUCCCAAUGGAGAACACACACCCUGACAGACUCUGUAAAAAUGAUGGAUGAGAGAGAGAGAGAGAGAGAGAGAGAGAGAGAGAGAGAGAGAGAGAGAGAGAGAGAGAGAGAGAGAGAGAGAGAGAGCAUUGUGGAGAGAUAGGCAUUGUGGAAAGUUGUGGAAACUCCACAAACAUUCUUCAUUGUGAUAGUGCUUUAAAUGUGCAAUAACUCAUUUUGUUUUGUUAGCUGUAUAACAGAUAAUAUGAUUUUAACUUAUAUAAGAUUAAAAUUGACUUCUUCAAAUUCA